GCGAAAGUAGAGUCUUGCUUGUAGGUCGGUGGAGCCUCUGUGGACAGUGACCCGCUGCCCCUUUCCAUGCAGCCUUGCAGACAUAGUUAAGCCACCUUCAUCAACCGCAAGCCCGCAAGAGACAAAGCAUCCUACAGGUUGUUAUGUCAUUCCACGAUAUAGACUCUCUCGCAACCUUGUCAGAUAGAGGCACGAGGCACGCUACGAACUGACGUCGAAGCAGUCAACAUGAACAAAAUGCCUCUUCAGCAGACCAAUGACACAGUAGUGGGUGGCACGGCCUGUUACUCUUUUUCUACUACGAACCCCCUGCCUAGUCAAGAACCCCGCCCCAACUCUAAGCACGCGACCCCUCAAGAGGAAUACGAAGAGCUCUUCCGACCUCAGAUAUUGAUAUAGACACCGCACAUAUCGGCCGGUAGCAGACCGUAAACCUCAAUCACAGCUCUCUGACCACCAAGAACAGCAGCGAGAGAAUCUUGAGAUCUUCUAGAAUGGCCAGCACUAAGCAGGGCACGCCGGCAUCAGCCGCACCUACAGGAGCGAGUCAUCAGCGCUCCGACAGUGGCAUAUCUGACGAUGCGGCCAAAUCAGCCCAUGAGUUCAUGACAGGUACCAUCAGACGCUCAAGCAGCGGAGUCACAGAUGAAGCUGCGGAGGCUGCUCACGACUUUAUGCGGACGUCCAAGGGCACCGGUCCUGGUCUGAACGACGACCUCACCGAGAAAGCGCACAAAUUCCUCGAUGGUCCUGCAACCCAUCGCGAGAGCCAUAGCAAAUAUCUGCCGGAUGUGACCUUGCCAGGGGUCACCGACGAGAUUGCAGAAGAGGCAUUGGAAUUUGUCGAUGGAGUUGAAAAGACAAACAAGACAUGAGUGCCAUAUUGAAGGAACGGUGCGCCUGGCCGAGAACAGAUUGAUAUGAAAGGAGAACAGGCAAAAAGUUGGGGUUGUAUCACUAAAUUGACACACAACACGGUAUAGGUUGUCUUUGGUAGUUGUGAGCUCUUGGGGUCCCAGACAUGACGGAGAAUGAGGACGGCGGUCCGAGAAGCUCAGACGGCCUGUGGCCAGCACACUAUGAGAAUAUAAGCAAGGCGGAAGACAAGGAAAGUAGGGACAGUAUGGUAAUCAAUGACUUUCCUGUCCGGUUCUCCGUGCAGGUGGUUCUACACCAUGUACAACCAGGACAUUGUGGGAAUUGGUUGCGGCCGGUUGGCCCGCAGACUCACGACUAGCUGUAUUUCAUUGCAUACUCGAGCCGCAAACUUCUAGUGUCGUGACAGGAGUGUCCAUGAUUACCACGUCUUCUUCUUCGCUCGGAAUGAAGAAGGUGGAGAGCAAGUUGAUUUUCGCAGAGGUCUCAGCUACUGUGUACAGCCUCGUCACGUGCC